GACAUCGAUAUCCUUCCUCUCUCGAUCUAACGAACUCUUUGAGUGCCCUGAUCUGUCGUUGCCUGCCUCUGAUCUCUUUCUCCGGUCCUCUUAUAGGUCAUCUGUGAUCUGUCUCCGUUUGUAUCUGCUUCUUUUUUAUUUUCCUGCUUUUUAUGACUAAGAUUUGACUGCAUCUUGGUCUGCAAUUUCAGGAUAACACAUGGGCGCAACUUCCUCGACGUCAGCAGGUAAUUAUCCACCGGAAAAGUGCUCGCCGGCAAGUAAUACCUCUAGAAGACAUGAUGAUCUGAUGGCAAAUUCCAACAGAAACAUGCAGACUUCCAUUGGGACUGAAGAUGUGGAAGAAAUUGCAUCUUGGAUUCAAGGAAAGCUUUCCGAAAUGCCUUCACCACCAUCUCAUGAGUGUUCCAUAUUUAGAGUUCCAAAUGGACUACGCAGGCAUAAUGAGAAGGCUUUCGUCCCACAAGUAGUUUCAAUCGGUCCAUUUCACCACGAGAACAAGGAGUUAAAAGGAAUGGAAAAAAUCAAGCUAUGGUAUUUAAAAUGCCUCCUCAAUCGAGCACCUGCUGAGGAAACAGUAGUUAGCUUGGUUUGCUUGGUAAAAGACGUCGGAAGUACUGAGCAGGAUUGUCGUGAGUCUUACGCAGAAGAGGUAGAUGUUCCAAGAAAGAAAUUCAUAGAGAUGAUGAUCCUCGAUGGUUGCUUUAUCCUCGAAUUCCUCUGCAGAUAUCAAAAGGACCUGAUGGCAAUUCGAGGAGAGGAAGCUCUCGUGCCUAAUACGUCAUGGAUGCCCAGAAAAAUAUUAGCAGAUUUGCUUCUGCUUGAGAAUCAAAUUCCUUGGUGCGUGCUCGACUGUUUGUUCAACCUCAUGCCCUGCUUGAAAACUGAAUCGUGCUCCCGACUUGAUGAUCUGGUUUCCUCUUCUCUUUCCAAGUAUGGAAUGUUUCCUCCAUCGGCGCGCAGCAGUCAAACUCACAAGCAUUUACUCGAUUGCUUCCGAAACUGUUUAGUUGGUUCAUGCACUAUAACACGGCCUAAUUGCUUAGUUCCCUUAAAGCGGAUCCCAAUUUGGUCUGUGACAGAGCUUCACCAGCAUGGAUUUAAAUUUAUCGCUGAAGACGGAGAAAACAUCCUCAAUAUAAAGCUCGAAAAUUACAAAAUAAAGAUGCCAGCAAUAGUUAUAGAGGAGAACACAGAAUCUAUGUUUAGAAACCUCAUCGCAUAUGAGCAUUGUGAUCCGAGUAAGGGCUACGAAAUCACCUCUUAUGCUGCGCUCUUGUAUUGCCUGAUUAAGUCUCCCGCAGAUGCACUCCUUCUCAAAGAGAGAGACAUUAUACAAAUUGGUUUGAGCAAUGAGGACAUAGCAAGUUUCUUAAACAGGCUUUAUAAUGAUAUUUGUUGCCUUGGUUUUCUCUACACAGACCUCUGCGAACGUGUGAAUAUGAUCGGAGUCUCGGACGUGUGAACAGAGCUUACAAUGAGAUGAGGUACUCGAACGGUUGUCACAACUUGCAUAGUAUAUAUAAAAUGAAUAUGAUCGAGGCACGAUUAUUUCGGAGAUUCAAAGAUGUUCUUUAGUCCAUCUAUGUGAUCUUUCCUUGCUACAAACCGUUUAUUCUGCCCUCUCCUACUAUACAUGAUGCGGUUGCUAGCUAGCUCAUGUCAAGUAAUUAUGUUUAUGAUCUAAUUAGUGUGUAUUUCUUUCAACAACUAUGUUUUAGUAAGUGUGGAUCCUGCUGAUCUUUCAUGUUAUCUUUGAAAACUCGAAUUGCUAACUGUAUUAUUUGUCCCUGAAAUAGAAAAAAUGUGUUACGGUACUA